AUGAAGAUAUUGCAACUAAAUCUCAACCAUUGUGAGGCUACGCAUGAUUUGCUCAUGCAGAAUGUGCAUGAACUGAAAAUUGGUCUAGCAAUAAUAUCGGAGCCUUAUAAACAUAUAGAUACGCAACAGUUAGAAAUGGAUAGCAGUGCAAAAGCAGUCAUCCGGUCCUGUGGAAAACUUCAGAAAGUUAUUAAAAACACAAAAGCAGUUUUUGUUGCAGCGAAAGUGGAAAAUGUUUACUUCUAUAGCUGUUACACUUCAUCUAGUUUCUCAUUUGAAGAAUUUUUGGACUUUCUUGAACGGCUAACUCAAGAUGCAAAUCAAUACUCCCCCGUUGUUAUAGCCGGAGACUUCAAUGCCAUGGCUUCAAGCCAUGACAUAGCCGGAGACUUCAAGCCAUGGCUUCUAACCUCAAUCUACUGCCUAAAGGCAGUAGAUUGA